AUGGAUACGGAGCCCGAGCCAGCGGAGCUUAAGUGGUCCGCGCAAUACACCCUCUCAUCGCGCAAUACUCAACUGCCCGGCGACAAGAUACUCCUGCCGCCUUCAGCGCUGGAGCAACUUCUUGCUGCGGCGCCCAUAGUCACAUUCGACAACGACCGCCCCCACAUCACAGCCUUCGACCCUUUCAAUCCGUAUACCUUCAACGCCGAGCGACAAGCACGCGCGCAAUUCCAGGAUCGCCACCAGCAAUUACCACACCCGCUUACCUUUCGGAUAGUGAACCCGGACAAUGGGAGGGUGCUAUACGCAGGAGUGCGCGAGUUCUCGGCCGAGGAGGGAGAAGUCGUGCUCAGCAACUUUAUAAGAGAAGCACUUGGUCUUGAAGCACAAUCAGCGGAACCCUCACGAAAGGGAAGUCCGAACGGCCACGGCGGUGAAGAUGAGGUCAUGGAAAAUGGCGUCGAGCAGCUCGUCGUAAAAGGCACUGCUCCCAGGAUCACUAUACACGCCAAGCAAUUACCAAAGGGCACCUUCGUCAAGCUUCGGCCUCUCGAGGCAGGCUACGAUCCCGAAGACUGGAAGUCGCUACUCGAGGAGCAUUUGCGCGCAAACUUCACCACCCUUACCAACGGCGAAGUGCUCGUAGUACACGGCGGACGGGGAGCCGGUGGCAAGCGCGAGGAAUUUCGCUUCCUCGUGGACGGCUUCAAGCCUGAAGGCGAUGGUAUCACGGUCAUAGACACCGAUAUCGAGGUCGAUAUUGAGGCGCUGAACGAAGAGCAGGCGCGAGAGACGCUCAAGAAGAUUGUGGCAAAGCGACAGCGAGCGCCUGGGACAAGCUCGGGCAGCUCAGCCGGUGGCACCAUCGACAUAUUCAAGGCACAGGAGGGACAGAUACUGGAUGGCGAAUACGUAGACUACGAACUACCGUCAUGGGACAGGACGCAGGGACUGGAGAUAACUUUGAGCGAGGUCGACGACGACCACGAGAUCGACCUGUUCAUAAGCCCAUACUCCUCACGACAACAAGUCCGGCCUCGAGAAGAAGAGCACGUCUUUGCAGAUAUGUCGAGUCGAUACCCGAAGCGCAUACGAUUGCAACCCACGAAUGCGGAGCUUGACGAAGCCGAAGCUCUAUACAUUUCAGUCCGAGCAUACCCUUCCGACAUGCCUUCGAGCGAGCCCAAAAUGUUUCGCCUGGGCGUCUCCAUGUUCGACCCGAAAGUUGCUCCUUCGACAAAUGGAGAGAUGGAAACAGAAGUUGCACAUGGCGCAGACGAAGUGCAAUGCAAACUCAUCCUUUGCCGCUUCUGCCAUCUGCAAGUUCCACAAGAAGGUGAUCCUAAUGAGCCCGCAAGCGCCGAGCUCUUGCUCUCAGGCCUGACACCACACGAGCUUGCCGACGGUGGUAGGACAACAGAAUGUCAUCUCUGCAAUAAGAUCGUGCGCUUCAGAGAUAUGGAGACUCAUCUUCGACACCAUGAUCUCGAGCGUUUAUCCCGCCCUGCACCGCGCGAAUGUCGCAACAUCAACUGCGGCCGCACACAGGACGGCGCCAACAAAAUGGGUGACACGCGAGCUGGCACACGCAAAGGUCAGGGACCCGGCAACGAGAUCGGACUGUGUAGUGUGUGCUUCGGCCCUCUCUACGUUUCCUUGCACGACCCAGAAGGCAAAGCAUUGCGCCGUCGCAUCGAGCGCCGGUAUCUAUCGCAACUCCUGAGCGGCUGUGGAAAGGCCUGGUGCAGAAAUGAGUAUUGUCGUACUGGACGCAAGAAUCUCGGACAAGAGGAUAGAAGCGUGCCCACGAAAGAAGCGAUCCCACUUGUCAAGCCGUUCUUGGAAGGCAUGGAUGGGAGGGGGUAUGCUACGCCACUGCACUUCUGCGUCGAUGAGAGGGGUCAGAAGAAUCGAACGCUGGCUGAGAUGAUGAGCGCGGAGAAGGGAAUCGAGGGUAAAGGUGGAUAUGGCUUGGAGUGGUGCAUUGCGGCGCUGGAAGCGGAGGGUGGGGAUCUUGAACGAGCUCGGAGUUGGCUGAAAGGGUGGGCGCCGCAGCGGGUUGAGGCUGGACAGUAG